AUGUUGACUGCAUCAACGACGACCCAUGGCAUGGACAGCGACCAUGGCCCGUUCGACGUGCAUGACUUCUGGCGCAAGUCUGCAUUCAGUCUGCCUGGUGAGCCUGGGCAGACUCUGUUCAGCGACAGGCAUCUGGAAAUACCCUUGAUCGACCAUCACUUCGAUGCCGGACUGCGGCUUCCAGUCAUCCAUGACUUCCAAUUCGGCACCCUUGAUGGCCUCGACGCGAACCAAGAGCCCGACCGAAGUCCUUCGCUCCCCGCCCCAAGCACGUCAACAAGCCUUCCCAGUGAUCUUGACGACUUGUGGAAGCUCGACCUCACUACACCCACGAAGCAUGUCCCUCUGCGCACAUGGGAAGCUUUCGCCCACCAGGACCAUACAGAGUCGCCCAUCUCGUACCUGUCCGACGCUGGUUCGCGCGCAUUCGACGCUCUCCAGCCCAACGACUCCAACCUCCUCCGGUCCGCCUUCGCCCUCAAAUGCCUAGCCCUCCUUGGCCUGGGCAGGUCCUCCACCCUAUUCCAAUGGAAGGAAGAAGCCAAGACUUUUGCGCCUACUCUCGACAAUCUACGACUGUCUGGUCUGAGCAGCACCGCUUUCGACAGCAUCGUCCAUCGACUGACCACCAUCGGUUGUGCUUUCGUUGACGCAAGACAAUUCGCCAUGUCUUCGUACGUCAACAAACACCCUUUGGCUGCUCGUGUCGCUCUUGCAACCACUAUAUACGCUGUGCUAGAAGCCCUCGAUCAGAACCUGUCCGACCGCGUCCUGACUGCCGAAUCUUCCCUACGACUGCUGGCUUGCUUCGAUACUCCCGCUAUCCUACUGGCCGAGAUAAGGGGGCUGAUCACAUCCACCUCUGGCGCAACCACUGAUACAGCUUUUCUAUCUGCCUGUCACGACACCCUCGAUCGGUUCACCAAUGCUUGCUCUCCCUUCCAAUCUCUUCACGCCGAGAUACUCAAUCACGUCUCUCAGCCGUGGUUCCAAUCCAUCUACCAGAAGACCGGUCUUACCCAUUACCACUUCGAACUGCCUAUCCAGGACGAUAUUCUGGAUCAUAGCGCUCAUAUCUCCAGAGAAGACAAUGCCCAAAUAACUGAAGUCAUGACUGGGAUCGCCGUGCUGCGUGACUCUGCACCUGAUCAUCCUCUACUAUAUCCUGCUGUUUGGGGUGUCCAUAGCCUCAGCCUGGAGCUAUCCUCUACGGCCAUGGAUAUCGACCGCAUUGUCGAUAAGGCAAACAAGUAUCAAAAAGACUUGCUAGUCGCCAUAUCCAAGUAUAACAGUGGAGGCUCAAAAUCGCCUGACGCAGAUACCAGACCGCAAGAACGCCAUCUUGUAUCAGAGCAAUUGCCAUGGAGCCUCGAUGAAGGCCAGCAGACCUAUUUCGAGGACGUGGGAACCCGCUUUUCUGAACCGCCUGUCAACAUGGACACUUCAAACAUCCGUAUCCUGGCUACGGGUAUUCUUGAGGCUUGCAAAACUCAAGAGACGUCGGCUCUCGACCUGCGGCAUCUUGCGAAGACCUCCUUAAAUCACCUUCAGCCAUAUCUCCAGGUCCAAAGUCGCCUCCUCAACGGUACUCUUCUGCGCCUUUUCUUCCGUCAGUUUUCCCUCCGUGAAAAUCUCACCUUGAACCACUCAUUCCAUCUCCUCGGCAACGGUCUGUUCGUUCAGCAUCUCACGGCUGCAUUGUUCACUUCCGAGUCCAACGCACGUGGCUUACGUCUGGACAACCGCUCUAAACAGUGGCCACCCGCCUCUUCGGAAUUGAGGCUUGGAUUGAUGGGCGUCCUGUCCGAAGCCUAUGGCUCUAAUGACAUCCCGGGCAACCUCUCUUUCGCUAUUCGUGAACUCGGCGACGAAGAGAUUGAGAAAUGCUUGGAUGCCAACAGUAUCCACGCGCUUGACUUUUUACGCUUGCGAUAUGAGGCUCCUACACCGCUGAACGCGAUACUCGACGAUACUGCAAUGGCCAAAUACGACGAUUGUUUUCGCGUCUUGUUGGGGGUACUGAGGAUGUUGCACUUUGUCACUCUGCUCCGCAGCACUGCACAACAGAAGCAUAGUUCCGCUCCAACACAAGCUUUUGCCCACGAGGCUUGGAGCUGUGUAUCCGGCCUCGCAUCUUACUUCUUCGACAUUGCCGUUGCCGGUCCCUGGAAAGAUCUACAGCGUACGCUCGACACCAUAGAAGCAGACCUCACGAUCGAAGAUGCAGAAGGAACCUUUGGCCAGCGAGUCACUUUUGGCAUUUCGCAUCUACGCAACAAACAUAGCGAUAUGCUCGACACUAUUCGCUCGCGCCUAUUCCUCCGCUCUCGCCAUGACAAGUUACGCAGCCUUAUCAAUGAUGUCUUUGCUUGCGUCUUGAAUGUUCAAGUAGACGCCCACAACGAGUAUGAGCUUUGGAAACAGAGAAAUGAGUUGAAAGCUAGGAUUUCGCGAAUCGUGGAUGCGUUACAAGAGCUCACGAGGAAGAUCGGCAAGAAGAAGAAUCUGAGUCAACAGGAUAGGGAUGAUAUUUUUGCGGUUGAGGUGCUGGGCUUCAGACUCGGUGGCGGACAGAUCUGA